GAAACAAGCCGCCUCGCCUCCCAGAUCAGGAGACUCUACGGGGCAAACAGGCGGGCCGAGAAACCCUUCUGGCUCUGUCUGACGGAGUUUGUGGCGGGCUCGUUGAUCUACGAGGAGUGUUUUCGCAUGAACGAUGGCUUCUCCAAUUACUUGAUGGAUACAACUCAAGAAAGUUUCCUGGACCUUUUUCCUUUAGAUGCAAUUGUUUAUCUCACUCCUGACUCUGAGAAUGUCCUUGAAGAUAUUGAUCCAAAUAAAGUGUACGUCCUUGGAGGCCUGGUGGAUGAAAGUAUUCACAAGAAGCUGACUCUGCAGAGGGCACAGGAGCAGUCCUUGCAAACAGCCCGCCUCCCCAUUCGUGAGUACAUGGUGAAAACUGUUAACACCAGGAACUACCACUCAGAGACACUGGCCAUCAAUCAAGUCUUUGAUGUCUUAUCAACUUACUACGAGACCCGAAGCUGGCCAAUGGCCUUGAAAGCUGGAGUUUCUGCUGGAAAAGGCUAUGUGCUACCAGAUGCAGUGAAAUAA